AUGGAAGUUUACAGCAAAACCAAGUAUAUGAAAAGCCAAAGAAACAUCUCAGAAUUCAUACUUCUAGGACUUUCAUAUGAUCGCUAUGCUGCCAUCUGCAAACCUCUCCACUAUGUGAUUAUCAUGAACAGGACAAGGUGCCAUCUCCUAGUCUUAGCUGCUUGGGCUGGUGGAGCCAUCCAUGCCUUUCCUCUAUUUUCUACCGCAAUUGAUUUGCCUUUCUGUGGUCCUAAUGAAAUCGAUCACUACUUUUGUGAUAUUUUUCCUUUGCUAAAGGUUGCCUGUACUGAUGCCUACACCACUGGUGUCCUUGUGGUUGCCUUUUCAGGUAUGGUUGCCUUAGUAACCUUUAUUGUCUUAUUUGUUUCUUAUGGGAUAAUAUUGUUCACUUUAAGAAAUCUCUCCGCUGAGGGAAGACGCAAAGCCCUCUCCACCUGUUGGUCUCAUAUCACUGUGGUCAUCUUAUUUUUUGGGCCUGUAAUCUUUAUCUACCUUAGACCACCUACUACUUUUCCUGAGGACAAAAUAUUUGCUCUAUUUUACACCAUCAUUGCUCCUAUGUUCAAUCCCCUAAUCUAUAGUCUGAGAAAUUCAGAGAUGAAAAAAGCCAUGAGAAAGGUUUGGUGCCCAUUAUUAUUUUCAAAGAAAGCACACAAUUAA